AUGAGCCCGCCACCCACGACGCCCACUCCGCGGCGGUUCCUGCUGGCCAAACGACCGCCCGCCUCGCAAAGCCCGGCGCCGCAAGCACCGCAGCAGUUCCAAUCAACUCCGCGCUUCGGCUCGUCGUCAUCCGGACCGCGGCUCGCGCAGCGCAGGCCGCACGACCUCGAGGACGUGGAUGCCGACGAGUCGCCAGGGGACGAGGCCGACGAGACGCGAUGCGACGACCUGACAACGUCGCAGGACACGGGGCCCGAGCCUCCUUCGCAGAGCCCAUCUUGUGCCGGGACGGAGUCGUCGCCGCCGCCGCCACCGUCGUCGCCGGACAGGCGGGAGGCCAAGAGGCGGAGGGUGUCCAUCUCGCCUGCGCCGUCGAGUCCUCCCGGCACUCCUGGGCAUCGCACGUCCCCUCCCGCGGCGGCAGCGGCAGCGGCAGCGGCGGACGGCGGCGGACCAAGCACACACCAGCCUAUUUUCCGGCCAGCGCCGCGCUUCAAGCCCGUCGACGACGCGCGGCUUCCGGGCUUUCCCGGGGCGUUCUCUCCACGGCGUCGCGGCGAGAAGUAUCUGCCCGGGGGACAUGCCGCCCGGCUGCAGGGGUGGUUGGCCGAGGUCAAGGGGCGGGAGUCGGCGGCAACGGGGGGCCACGAUGCCGUGCUGAGGCUGACGGUGGAGCGUGUCAGCCCCGGCGAGCACAUGUGUCUCGUGAGGGCGAGGGCAGGGCCAUCCGGCGGCCUGAAGGCGUGUAUACUUGCUGGGGAGGGGGGGCCUGCCGUCGGCGAGGGCAGCGUGGUCGUCGUUGAGCAGCCCGUCUGGGAGGUCACUCUGGCUGGGGAGUGUUGGACCGUCGGCUGCAACUGGCGCGUUGCCGCGUGA